AUGAAACAAAAUUUGAAUUUUAUUCUUGUAUUCAUUUUAUUAGCUACGCUUUCCAUGGUCAAUGCAAUUCCACAUCGACUUCAAAAAAGGUCUUUUUCAUUUGGUUCAUGCACCCCUCUUAAAGGGAAAAAUCCACCACCCAUAAUCUCCGUAGAAGUUGCUUCUAAUACUAUCGUCCCCGGACAAACCAAUACUCUUGUUGUUACCGGAAUGUUAAUUGAACCUAUCUUUGAAUCAACCCAACUUAUUGCUCAAUUUGUUGAUUCUGAAACUAACAAUUUCAUAGGCGAACCAAGUAUUAAUUCGAUUUGUGGCGGAGCAGGGUGUCCAAUUAAAGGUGGAACUCAAUUUACUACAAUUAUAGGAAAUUUGUUGGCACCAUCCCAACUACCUGAUGAAUAUUCCAUUGUAGUUAGUGUUAUAGAUGAAUUUAAAGAUAUUCUAGGCUGCGCAAAUGCUUUAAUUGACAACGAAUAA